AUGAAUCUGGUUGAGCUGUUUCAUAUACCAGAUCCGACGAGUAAGAUGAAUUACCGAUUGCAAAAUGAAAAGCUGGAAGAAGACUCUGAACGCUUUAGAAAUUAUUUCCGUGUUGUUGGUUACCAAGAUUCAGAAGCGUAUACUACUGCUUUAAAUUGCAUCAACAACUCUGAAUCCACUCCAGAGAUGCGACGGGCUCUCAUNGGGAGCCCUGAGCAUGAGAGAAAGCUUAUAGAGCGUGUAAUGGAGUUGCAGCCUGAAGUGAAUCGACAAGCCUACAAGUAUUUCUGUAGAAUACGGAGAGACAGAUAUGAGCUUUACUUAAGAAAGCAGCUCUUGACAAACGGGCGGCUGGGCAAGCCUAUCAUAUCCUACUUAAUGACGCUAAUGAAAUUUCUAUUCAAACGUCAUAUCCCUAGAGUCAAGGGCGUAUCUAAGACAGAAUGGGACAAAAUCGUACAAGUUCUGGCCAAAAUAAUGGCAACUAUGAAGUCUGAUGCAGAACUUUUGAGAGACAGUUAG